AAACUAGAAAGUAUAUUAGGAGCACAUAUGAAAAGAGGGAUAUUAAUAUCCAAUUAAAAGAGAUAUUACCAUUUAAGAAGAGUUUUCUAAAGUGGAUAUUGACAACGUAUAAUACCAUAUCAAACAUUGUUGAUGGAUACUUUAAUUUUAUUCUACAUCUACGAGUUAUCAUCAAUAUAUUCGAAGGAUCAUUUUCAAAUGGAAUGCCUCUUGGAUUUUCUAUGCAGGAUAUCGAAAUGGUCAAAGAAUUAUUUCAUCAUUUUGUGUAUUCUGGUUGUAUAUUUAAAAAGGAACAUUUGGAUAUUAUUCAAUUAUGUAAUGAUGAAGAUAUUUUACAUCUAUUUUUUGAUCAUUUUAUCAUCGGAACAACACAAUCACAAAAAGAGUGGUUAG